AUGAGCGUCAUGCUCAACCGGCGCACAGCUGUCGCACAGCAUGUGCUGGCACUUACCCUCCGUCGCCAUCUAUCCGCACGGCCACCGCCACCGCACUUCAACAUCCCCUUUCCGUCCUCUCCCACCUCCGAGAACGGCCGUAAACCACCACCAACACCACCACUCCCUUCCUUUCCCUCCCUCGCCCUCCAUGAAGACCCAGAGCCUCCAGCGCCUCUUGACCCUUCCAAGGACAUGUCAUGGCUGCGUGUGUCAGCGUCACCCAAGACACCAAAGUAUGACAAGGCGCUGGAGGAGAUUGCCGCGGCGGCCGAAGAGACGUGGAGAAAGUUGCAAGGCUUGCCAACGAGAAAGCCAGAGCUAGCGCAAGAGCCAGAGCCUGUGAUUGAGCAAGCUAAGCAAGCAUCACUGGCGUCACCCAUAGCCCCACGGACGUGGGACCCAGAGGUGCUGGGCAUUCCCCGCGACGCGGAUAGAGAAGCAGAGCUCGACCAGCACGACUAUACGCCGGCUGAGCGCGAGGCCAAGCUCGCAGUGAUGAUUGCGGACGAUGAGGCCCAGGCCAAACAAGCGGCCAAGUUCAAGGCGUUGGAGGACAAGCUCACGGCGAUCCUCAAAGGUUCAAACGACCCGCUGGACGCCGUCGAGGAGAUUGUCCUCUACAAGCCGAGAGAGCCAGAGCCACCGUCAUCAUCUCCCCAGCCCGAGCCUGCGGCGAACACCACGGCCAAGGACGUCGAGGACACGAAGGACACGCAGCUCGAUGCACCCGGCGCCCAGCCCAAGAGGGCAUUAGGACGCAACUGGCAUCGACCGCCAGACCCCAAUACGCCAGACUACGUGCCCAGGACCGCGCCACACCUCCGUAUUGCGCCUUACGAAGAUGGCAGCAUUCCCUUGCUCUGGCCUGACGCGACUGUCAAUGACCACCUGAAAACAAUCCGCAACACCCAACCUCCCGACAUGGCGUGUGCCCUCUUUCCCAGCCUCUUGAGACUUCCCUUCAAAGGUUCAGUUGCGCAAAUGCACGAGUACGAGAUGCUCCUGGUCGACAUGAUAGAGUACGUUACUCCACCACGCGAGGAGGGCAACAUGGCCAUUGCUACUUGGAUGGCCCAAUACCCCCCGCAGUAUUCGGCCACCAUGCAACUCAUCAUCCGGUGGAUGGAGGUAGCUCGUCAUCUCCACAGCCUCGGCGUCCUCGAUUCAAGGAUGCGACAGGAUCACUGGCCCGUUGGUUUCUUCGAGCUCGUCAUUCUUGCUGUCCUCAAGCCGGUGCCCUUGAGCAAACACACACAAGUGGUGAAAGGUAAGCGUCGCGAAAGGUCGAAUGUCUGGAGUCGGUUCCGCAUCUGGCGACCAACGGCGCCGACCGCUGCCGAGUUGUUCGCCUUUUUCGAAGAAAUGGAGCUUGAGAUUACGCCCAGCAUGUACACAGUCAUGCUGUGGCACAUGAACUUGUUUGAGCUGGUCAACCGGUCCAACUCGCACCGCUACGCACCAGAGGAGCAAGCACUUUCUCGCGCCUGUCACACGCUGUCUUUGUACCUCCUGGACCCUAAAAACCUUGAACUUCACUUGGGCAACACUGGCAACUCGGAUGCCCUGAUUCGAUACAACGACGAACGCCUGUUGCGCAUCACGGCCGGAUUGAAAGUUCUCGACUUUCACGAGCGCGCCUACGGGCGCGGCCUUGCGGUCUCGCAGCAGUGGGUCAAGUCGCUGGACGCCUUGCGCGAGUGGGGCUACAAGUCGCUCAAGAACUACACUGAGCCGCGUCCCCGCCACCGUGGCCCGACAAAACCAGAGAUGAUGCAUCUCUUCAUGGUCAUCCGCGACAUCCUCCUCCGAGCUCCCGACGACAGUAUCCGCGUGGAAAAGCACAUGCUUUGCGGCUACGACAUGGCCGACCCCUUUGAGGUGCUCAACCUCAUGAAAAAUCCAAAGGCCAACAUCAUCAUCGACGAAGACGGGCCUACCAAGUCCAAGACCGCCAACAGGGCGAUCAGCGCCAUCCUCGUGGCCGCCAACGAGCGCCGCCUGUUAAGCGACGUGUACCGCUUGAUGGAGUGGGUCAAGGAGACUCGUACGCGAAUCCCAGCGUCGACCAUGAUGACAGCCUUCCUGCACGUCAACACGCGCGAAGACCUGAUGCGUAUGUUUGCGCUUGCCAAGGUCAUCAAAGUGGCACCCGAGUACAUGCCCCCCGAGUUAUUGGUGGGCAUCCAGAAGCAGGCCAGGGCCAAGCUCGACCUCGCAUACAAUACCGACCUAUGGGACAACAACAGGCGCAAGCAAGAGCUGGAUGCGGCCGAAAACGCUCCUGCCCCUGCUGGAGAUGCUCGUGACGCUCCGGCUCGAAAGGCCACGGUUGUGCGGUCGCGCAUCGAGCACAAGCUGCAUUACAUGUUCCAUGAGUGGUUCCCGCAACUGGAUAUGUUGUAG